AUGACCACGCUCGUCGCCCUCGCGUCCACGAGCGCCCCCGUCGCGCGCGCGCGCACCGCCGUGAAGUGCUCGGCAAAGAAACGAUCGAGCGUCACGCCGAAGAUCAUCUCCGAAGGCGGUCGCGCGACGUCGCAAUCCUCGACGCAAGACGACGUCCCCACCCCGCUCAGCGCUGACAAACAGCGAUCGCUCCCGCCGGAAAUGCUCGUCGACGACCCGUGGGAGAGCGAAAGCUUCGAGGGGCUCGGAAACGCGGCGCAGUACGCGCUGCUGGUGAUCGGGAUCGUCGCCGCGGGGGCGGGAUUUUACGCGACGUCCACGUACAACGAGGGCGCGGUGGAGGUGGAUUUUCAGAGCUACGAGUCGCCCGAGGAAGCGGUGGCGGAUAGUCUGCGCAAGGUGAACGCGCUGCAAGCGCAGAGCGCGAGCGCGCCGAGCUUAGAGAUUAAUUGA